CAAAGGCGUCCCCGUUACAACGCAAGGUGCGUCGAACCACGGCGCGUCGCGAAGGAGUUGGAACCCGGGCGCUCCGAGUUCGGCGAAGUUAUAGAGAAAGCACAUGGCUGCUUCGGCGGCGUUCUCCGCUCGCUCUUCGCAGGCGUCCCUCUCCGUCAGUUCCUACAUCACCGCGACCGUUUUUGUAUCAACCUCUGGACAGGAGUCGACUGGACUGUAGGAAAGUGUGUUUUUCUUUUUUUGUUUUUUUUUUUUUUUUUCGAAGGAACUGUCGACUCUGCUCGCUUGGAAAGACAAUGACGGACCAUCUUUUCGGACAAGCCGGCGUCUGUCUCGGCUGCAACGACUGCGUUUGAUUCCUACGGAGGUUGUGUGCCCGUAUAUCGUGUCCUGCGUUGUAUGCGUGUUCAGUGCUAGAGGUUGGACAACAAGGUGCUCGCUUCCCUCGGACAAGAUCGCGUCUUAUCGGGGACUGUGGACGCUGGAUUAGUGGUAAAGGCCGCUCUCGUUGGUUAACGAACUCUCUCGGCCCCGUGGGCUUGCGUCUUUAUUCGAAGCUGCGACCUCGUUUGAAGAAGACGAACGCGCCGAGGUGAGCCCGUGGUCGUCGCGCUGGUGUCGCGCCCGAAGCGGCUUUCGUCACCGUCGUCCAUGACUGGGAUGUUCGAUCACCGGGAGAGGCGAACGGCGCAGAAAUACGACGGUCCGACUCCCUCGAGCGUCUCGGCCAACUUUGCGGCGUCCGGCCGCUCGCCACUGGCUACCGGUGCCGGCUACGGCGUCUCGAGCUACGACUGCUGCUUCUGCCGCGCCGGCUAUUCCGGCGCGUUCCAACGACGUUCCGGAUUGUUCGGGGUUCGACCCGAGAGCUUCAGCAUGUACGGCAUGGACGACCACCACCCCGGAGGAGGCGGAGGCAGCCUGGUCAGCCCCUCGUGGCGGAGCGCGCAUUUCGCGGCCCAUUCGCAACUGGGCUGGCCGCUGUCCAUGACGCUCGCCGAUCUGCACGACGACACGCUCCUGCCCACGGGACUCGGCAACGACCCGCGCCAGUGGAGCAAGCACAACGUGUCCAUGUGGCUCGAGUGGUGCACCGAACAGUUCUCCCUGGUGCCCACGGAUUCGGAGAACUUCCACAUGAACGGAAAGGCGUUGUGCCUGCUGUCCAAGGCCGACUUUCUGGAGCGAGCCCCUAAGGCAGGAGAUGUCCUCUUCAAUGCCCUCCAGCUUCUUUUGCACAGGGCUCUGCACACAGCACGGCUCACUAAUGGUACGCAUGGUAAUGGAUCUGUGCCCCGAAACACAGUCAUCACGAGAGAUAUCCAGGGGUUUGGCCAGGUUUUGCUACAAGACCCAACAUCUUACAAUCAGCCCCUGCAGGUGUCUCCCCUGUCAGCCGAGGUGGACAGCACUGUGAUUCUGAGCCCCGACCCCAGCUCGGGUGGCGAGAGUGUCCAGGGGGACUCUGCUGGUAUGCAGGCUGGCAGCAGCACACCGUCGUCCAACGGAGGAGGAACUGGCUCAGCCAAAAACUCCUCUCCACCUCCGUCCCUCGUAGCCACGCCCAUGCUAGUGGACAAGCAGGGUGUUAUGGAUUUGGUGCGGCGGAGUCCAACGCCGCCAACUCAAGUCGUGUUCCCACCAAGAGGAGGGAUGUCGGCGUUCCCAGGCAUGCUCCCUGAUGUGGCAUUGCAUUCGAUGAUGCCUCCCGUGGCUGCCAAGCCACCACAGCUGCCACCUCCUGUGGCGCUCAACGUGCCUCCGGUGACACCACCCGCAACUGGCCGUGUUGUUGCUGACGCGCCAGGUGAUAAGAUGAGUGUCCGGUUGCUGUGGGACUUCCUGCAGCAGCUGCUUAAUGACCCCGAGCAGAAGUACCGCUACUGCAUCACAUGGAAGGACCAGGCCAAAGGCGUCUUCAAGAUAACUGACCCGCACCGGCUGGCCAAGCUCUGGGGCAUGCAGAAAAACCACCUGAACAUGAACUUUGACAAGAUGUCGCGUGCCAUGCGCUACUACUACCGGGUCAAGAUCCUCCAGAAGGAGCCUGGCGAGCGACUUUGUUACAGGUUUCUGCGGCCACCUACGGAGCUGCGGUACUGCAAGCAGCGGUCGCUUUUGGAACGAACUGUGUCAGACGCCGCUGCAGCCCGUGAGGGAGAGGAGGAAGAGGCCUCGAGCGCCCUAGACAUGAGCAUCAAGGAAGAGUGCCUUUCGCCCUGUAUCGAGAACGACUGAGCACACACCUCCCGUGCCUUGCUUCCUUUCUUCGUACGGUACCUGCUGCAAAUGGCUGGGCAGAUGUCAAGUCUGCCUUCCCUGUCUUGAAAGCCACCGAGUGCCUCUUGCGGCACACACUGCAAGCCCUCUCCUUGGUGCCUGAUGAAAAACAGCUUAUAUGAACGCACCUUCAUCCUGUUUUUUUUUUACUUUUAGCCGAGACAGUGUGUGACAGUGAUGAUCUGCACGGUGGUAGAGAGAGCUGCAUCACCUAAUGUCUGGUGACAGCACAAAGAUUGUCCUCUGUCAUCGUCCCCAUCUGUGCAAAGCUUUGCAAAGGUCCCUACAGUCCACUCAGGUGUUUUGUGUUGCGUCUCCAAUGGCAUUGGUGAUCUUGUAGCAGUGGUGUCAAGAUAGCACCCCGUGUCAUGUGCAUAGUAGUGGACACGGCUUUUUUUUUUCUAUUCCUUAGUGUUACAUGCCGUGUGCAAGGAGGUGGUGUCACGAGGAGUACCCUUAGUGUGUAUUGGGCCGCAACUUGAUGGUGGCAGCAGGAAUCGCCGGACAACAAUGGUGACUUUUCCAAGACUUUGGUGGUGACGUAAAGCACAAUUGAGCGAACAAUGUGUUUUGCUGUGCACAUGCCCAUUGCUGUGACCGGCAUCAACCGUCCUGUGAAGCAGACACAUUGAACAAAUGCAGUGGGACAUCCUUGCUGUCCACAAUGCACAACGUGAAUGUAUGCACAUGGCGUGUACAUGCAUGCUUGUGUGUGCAGAUUUGCACAGUGCCUUGAGAAGCCAUCGCAAACUUCCACAUGGAUAUAUUGCUCAUGGUGCCAUGCAGUGGCACUGUCCGUACAACUACAUGACAGGUGUGACGUGAUGUGACAGAAUUUCAAAGUGACAAUUUCGGGCUCUGCAUGUUUUGAUUCUGCACUGCUGAUUUUUGAGGUGUGCAGUUGUCUUACUUGAUUUGGAUUUUUUAUAUGGGAUAGUUUGGGCUAUGUGUAGCUAUCUUCACGGGACAUGCUGAUCUCAAUGGCAAUAGUUAGCUACAUUGGUUCAAAACUAGUGCAGAGGACGUGUGAUGUGCCAUUCAUUUGCUGCUGAAUUCUUGUGUCCCAAAAGAAUGGAUUUGAGAUUUCAAAGACAACUGCGCUCAAAGCCAGCUGCUAUGUGGGUCAGCCUUUUCUUCUUUCUGUUUUUAGCGAGCAAGUUUUUAUCCUUGUUUUUGUUUUGUUGUUUUCUUCUCACAAACCAUAAAAAAAUAAUAAUCCUAGCAAAUCAUUCUCCUAACUUUCAUUUUGUUUCUCACGGUCAUCAUUUGUUUAGGUUUGCACUUUUACAUCAUCACCCAUGAUAAUGGAUUGCGAAAGAUAACUGCAAGAGCAGUCAUGAUUAGCAUUCAUGAUUCAUUUGUACAUGAUUUGUUGAGUGCUGUGCUUGCAUUGUGCUGAAUUGCAGCAUGCAUUGUACAGUUGCAUUGUGCUGAGUUGUCCUCUGUCUCUUUGAAUAUCCGUUGACAUUCAAGAGCUUUCUUUUUCUCUCCCAUCUGCAAUGAGUGGAAAGUUAAAUACGAAAAAAGGAGCAUGAAGGAGCCUGAUGUGAGUUGUGCAAUACGCCAUAUCUUAGACACGUCGUAGAUUCAUGUACUAAAAGUUUCUUUCUGCAUUUCUGUGUUGAACGAUUCAUUGUAAUCAGUAUGACACUUGCUUUUCUUUACAUUUUCCGAAAAGUACAGUCGACUUUCGUUAAUUCGACUGUGAUGGGACCGAUGAAAUUGGUUGAUUUAUCUGGUGGCUUGAAUUAAACUAGACGCAGAAAAAACACACCGAUUCACUUAGCAAUAUUUAUCCCGACUCUUAACACGUCGCCGAAUCAAACACAAACCCACUUUUUAUCUGUUCAAAGUGGAAAACUAAAGCGAACAUAAAAAUGACAUCACAGCUCCUAACAAAGUAGGAAUCUAAUGCACACCUGAUCUUUUGGCAAGAAAACGUAGCAUGCAUCAGAUUUUUGCAAUCAAAAAAGACAAAACCAUCAAACUUUACCGUCACAGAAUUGAACUUAUUUACAAAAUGUCUAUCAUCAUCACUCGGAGAGCACUUUAUCACUAUAUAUGAAGAACCACAAUAUCUUGUCCUCUGCAGUGUCCAUAGCGCUUAUGAUAUUCUGCAUUUAUCAAGUGACUGCAGCAAUCGCAAAUGGGAUGGUGGCCCAUGCCAGACUAGCCACUCUGCUAGGUCGUCCUGCGACGCAUGCAAUUCUCUGGAACACCAAAAAUACGUGACUUGUUGCCGCUAGCUUAACAUGCAAAAUAACUUAACUUUGAAUGUGCAUUCAUAAUUAGACUGAAAGCAGCAUUUCGUCAUCAUGCUAUCCAAGAGCUCUUUUUGUUGCCAUCUAUGGUCGCCAUUUGUAAUGGUGAUGACGCUGGCUAGGCUGUAUGCUGUUAUGAACACAGUUUUCAUUUGUUUCGUAUCGGAUGGCACCGUUCAAGCAGUAAUUUCUGAUUGACUUUCUUGGGAAAGCAGGCGCGUGUUGUGGUCGGGUAAAUAUUGUAAUAAUUCGUUGCGAGCUACCAUUUUGGCUUUAAAAUCUUCCUGGGGCAGGCCAAAAAUUUUCAAUGAGGGAUGAUGUGUAUUAGAUGAAUUUGCUGCACCAUAAGCGCAGCCAAAACGGAUGCUGCUACUAUUGUUGUCACCACUGCUGUCUCCAUUGGUGUUGAGCGCGUGUGGGGUGACCAGCCUAGUAAAAAAUUAUCCGGCAGAUGUUAAUUUCAGGAUCGAAAUCGUGAAGGUAUGAUUCCAUAGAAAUGUAUGGGUGCUGGCCAGGGCCUUUGGCCUAAGUGGAGUGAACCGAAACAUAGUAUUUAACCAGAGUGGAAUGAACGAAAGUGUACUGUACUGAAAACUGCAUCCUUCUUUACGUUUAGAUCUUGUGCUGUAAAUUAUCAAAUGGGGCAUUUCCAGACUGUCUUUUCAUCUUUUCUUGCAGUGGGUACCAUUGCUUGAAAUGCCUUGUUUGAUUAAGAUUGCUGCAACUGCAUGCAUACAGUGCACAAUGGCUCACUGUACCUACAUGCCCGCAUUGCGGCAUUGGAAGCCGAACAGCAGUGAGCAAUGACAACACAAGAGAUGUUCGGACAACAGCAACGCUGAAAGCGAAUUUGCUUUCUGUCCUGCCAUCUUCUUACCCUUGCAUUCUAUUCUUGUCUGCUGGCCUUGUGUUAGUCAUUUACAAUGUACCCUAAUUCUCCCAAUUGCAUUCCUUCCUUUUUUUUUGAGAAAAAGUUAUUUUACCUACAUUGCACACCAUGGACCCUGCCUCCUCAUCCAUUCAGUGUUGCAACUGGCCUUCUGCAAAGUCCCAUUUGAUUUCCCUUUCUUAGGUUUCAUUUUCAUAUUGUAUACUUAUUUGGGCAUUUAUUGAGAUCACCACGUGUGACAAGGCCUUAAACACUGGCUGAAACAUCAUCUAAUGUUGAACAUGUCUUCCAUGUUUAGCUCUCUAUUUCAUGCAUGCAGGGAGUGUGCUAGAGUCAUGGCAGAAACGUGAUCAUGACAGGCCCAACGCUUGCGCUGGAGGUCAAUGAGCCUUAAUGAGCUGUGGUGUGAUUAAAAUCGUCAUGGAACAUUUCAA